AUGAACUACUAUGAGAUCCUUCAGGUGGAAAAGACAGCCACUGAUGCGGAUCUCAAGAAGGCAUAUCGAAAACAGGCUCUUCUAUUGCAUCCUGAUCGAAACCAUGGUAACGUUGAGGAGGCGACCGCCAAGUUUGCUGUUGUUCAAGCAGCUUACGAUGUGUUGUCUGACUCGCAAGAACGAGCAUGGUACGACAGUCAUGGUAUGUCUAUGGGAGGAGGAGGAUCCGGCGGAUCUGGAGAGGAUGGAGUUCACAUUUACACAACCACUGAGGAUGUCAUGAGAUGGUUCGAUCCUCUAAUGUUCGCCAAUGUGGACCCUGAGUCUUCUAGUAACUUUUGGGCUACUGCCUCUUCAAUCUUCAAUCAGCUUGCACAGGAGGAGCGAGAGGCUGCUAUGGAUGCUGAUGUGGAUUCCCCUAUUCUUCCAGCAUUUGGAAACAGCAAGUCUAGCUGGCAGCAUGAGACUAGAGUUUUCUACGACAACUGGAUCAACUUCUCCACUGUCAAGCAGAUGGCCCACAAGGACAUGUAUCGAGAGAAGGAUGCCCCUGAUCGACGAGUCAAGAGAGCUAUGCAGGGACACAACAAGAAGGCUCGUGAUGCUGCAAAAAAGGAGUACAACGAUGCCGUGCGAGCUUUUGUUCGAUUCAUCAGAAAGCGAGAUCCACGAGUCAAGCUCCAGGCUCAACAGGCCAAGGAGGCUUCUCUCAGUGGCGGUAAGACUGCUGCUGAGGCACAGGCCUACCGAGCUCGAAUGGCUAACAUGGCCAAGCGACAGGAGGAAGAGAGACGGUACAAGGAACAGGCAUGGCAAAAGGUGGUGGAGGAUGAGGAGAACCCCACGGCUGUUGUCGGGGAAGACGAGGAGGAAGGGGAAUCAGAGGUGGAAGAUAUCUGGGAGUGUGUUGUUUGUGACAAGGAGUUCAAGACCGAGCAGAUGUUACAAUCACAUGAGCAGUCUCGAAAACAUGCUAAGGCUCUGCAUAAGCUGAGACGAGAGAUGCGAAAGGAGGGUCUUGAUCUGGGGUUGGAUGAGACACCCGAGCCGGAAGCUGAAGAAGAGGAAGACGAGGUUGGGCCUGAGCUUGCAGAUGAGGAAGAGAAGGAGGAAGAAAUUCCUUCCAAACCCGAGAAACAGGUAAAUGCAUUCGCCUUGUUGGCUGAGGAGGGAGAUGGGGAUGAGGAAAAGGACGACGACGACGAAGAGGAGAAUGAUGUUGAGGGUGGUGUCGAAGGUUACAUUGAAGAAGAGGAAGGGAAAAAGGUCAUUUCUGAGUCUAUUGAGCCCAGCAAACACGAAGAAGAAGAGUCCCUUGAGGCUCUGCUUGCCAAACUUAACGGAAGCUCUCUCUCUGAUAACGAGGAGUUGGAUGCUGCGAAGGGUAGCAAGAAGGUAGGCAAGGCUCGAGCUAAGCGAAAUAAGAAGAACGAAAACACUGCUGAUUUCGCCAGCACGUGCGGUGUCUGCAAUACUGUGUUCGAUAGCCGCACCAAGCUCUUUGAUCAUAUCGAAAAGAGUGGCCAUGCUGUUCCAGUGGCCAAGCCCAAGAAAGGUAGGAAGAAUAAGAGAUAG